CAGCCCCGCCCAUCUCAAGAUGGCGCUGCACUUAAUGCGGAAAGCGCGUGGGAGCUGGGGCUUCAUCCGGGCACUUCAUAAAGCGACCCAACCUGCUCCUUCUUUUCAGAAAGAUGGCACGGAGCGAAUAUUUUCUGGCAUCCAGCCUACAGGAAUCCCCCACCUGGGCAAUUACCUGGGCGCCAUUGAGAACUGGGUGAGGUUGCAAGAUGAGUAUGACUCUGUGCUCUACAGCAUUGUUGACCUACAUUCCAUCACUGUUGCACAAGACCCAGCAACCCUUCGGCAGGGCAUCCUAGACAUGACUGCAGUUCUGCUGGCCUGUGGCAUAAACCCAGAGAAAAGCAUCCUUUUUCAGCAAUCUCAGGUAUCUGAACAUACACAGUUAAGUUGGAUUCUUGCCUGCAUGGUCAGACUGCCCCGAUUGCAACACUUACACCAGUGGAAGGCAAAGACUGCCAAGCAGAAGCACAACGGAACUAUGGGCCUGCUAACAUACCCAGUACUUCAGGCGGCUGACGUUCUGCUGUACAAGUCCACACACGUCCCUGUCGGGGAGGAUCAAGUCCAGCACAUGGAACUAGUUCAGGAUCUAGCACAAGGUUUUAACAAGAAGUAUGGGGAGUUCUUUCCGGUGCCCAAGUCCAUUCUAACGCCAAUGAAGAAGGUAAAAUCCCUUCGUGACCCUUCUGCCAAAAUGUCGAAAUCGGACCCAGACAGGCUGGCCACCGUGAGAAUCACGGACAGCCCAGAGGAGAUAGUGCAGAAGUUCCGCAAGGCCGUGACGGACUUCACCUCCGAGGUCACCUACGACCCAGCCAGCCGAGGUGGGGUCUCCAACAUGGUUGCCAUUCACGCGGCCGUGACGGGACUCACCGUGGAGGACGUGGUGCGCCAGAGCAUGGGCCUCGACACUGCACGCUACAAACUGGUGGUGGCAGAUGCUGUGAUUGAGAAAUUUGCUCCAAUUAAGAGUGAAAUUGAAAAACUGAAGACGGACAAGGGCCACUUAGAGAAGGUUUUACAACUCGGGUCAGCAAAAGCCAGAGAACUAGCAUACCCUGUGUGCCAGGAGGUGAAGAAACUGGUGGGAUUUCUCUAGUAACUUCCAACUGGUCACUAAAAGGCCUUUAUGCCUUGUGGUCCAUACACUCCAAUGAUGGCAGCUUUCC